CCACUACCUCCUCCCCGUCGGCCCUCGCAUCCCAUCCUUCCACCCUCUCUCUCUCUCUCUCUCCUUCUCGUCGCCUCUCCUCCCAGGACGGCCGUCUCUCCCGUGCCGCCCCUCGCCCUCCACCCCACGCACACCCACCCACGCUCUCUCUCUUCCCUUCUUCUCCAUUCCCUUCUUGUUUCGGCCCCAAGGUAGGAAGCCAGUCAGUCAGCGGACUCCUGCCGGUUUGCGCUGCCAAGCUUGGUUGCUUGCCCGCCUGUCUGUCUGUCUGUCUGUCUGUCCAUCCUGGACGCGGUCCGCCGGGUCGUCUCGUCUCCUCGACCUCGCAUUCUCCUCCCAGGCCUACGGAACCACGCACCAGCUGCGCUCGACGGCAUCCACUCACUCAUUACUUGGCCUAGUUGAUCCCUAGUAUUCCACGCCAACCACCUACGUCUUUGAUCUUCCUUGUCGGCAAAUUCCCUUUUUCUUCUCUUGUCGCCUCGGCACGCCCUCAGAAGCUACCGCGCGAAACGAACGACCGACGUCGUCGACGGCCAAUUGCGUCAAUUUCACCGCCUUUGUCGACUCGCGUGCGGCCCCCGGAGACGUGAGACAAGGUUGCAAAGCUUCUGGCGCGACGUGCCUGCUUCUUUUCGCCCUCGUCGACGACACUCGCACGACGGCGCAACCGGAGCGACACGUCCGCCACGACUGACUGCCCUUGCCCGCUCGACGUUUGUCACCAGCUUCCUUCCUUUCUUCACCACGCCGCCGGAACCCGCCCGCAGCGCUGCUGUUUCCUGGACUGCCUGCCCUUCCUUCACCCCAGGACGCGCCCCCGUCCGGUCCGCCGUGCCUCGUCUUCACUUUCCGUGCCCGCUCCCUCGUCGACCACGCGUGCUGUCGCCAAGGCCGUGGGUCAGACUUUGCCUCGCAGGUCACGACCUCUUGUCUUUGGGCCACCACGCUUAAUGCUCUAGCAUCGCUCCGUAAACAGCGCCUUAGAAAGCUGUCCAACUGCGACGAUCACGCCCUGCAUGGACAUUUGAAAACCGCAAUCGUACACGUCGACGUUUGAGCAUCGAAUCGACAGCCUCCAGUACACACCGCGUCCCGGUCCGAGCUCGUUGCUCCAGCCUGCCUAUUGCGUCGUCUCCUCUUAUAGCAUCCAAGAUGCGGCCGCGCACCGUCGACGAUGCUUCGCACCGGCGGCGCCAGUCCGGCGUUCUGAAACGGAACACGCGCGGCGACAAACUGCAAAUAUCAACCAUGAGGCGUGCCGCCUGGGCUGUCCUGGCAGCUGGCUCCAGCCUAGCGGCUGCACAGUCCAACGGUCGAUGCGUCUCUCUCAGCGGCUCCAAGGCUUGCCCCGCGUUCGCGUCUGCCUCCGUUUCCACCAACGCGGCCUUGGUCAAGACUUACCCUUUUCUGCAAUUCGUCUCCGAUAGUGCUUCAUUCGACUAUCAGUUGACAACUUAUGUGAAAACAUCUUAUGUGAAAGACAAAUUUCAAAAUGUCCUCGGUUGCAGCGGCAUCAACUUCACAGACACGAGCAGCAUGUAUGCACGCUACACCACCACGGUACUCUGCAACACGCUUGUUCAGCAAUCCAGCGCCGAGUGCGGCCUUUCCAAACAAGCAUCACGCCCCGUCUGCGCCGGUACAUGUGCCGACUUUGCCCAAAGCGAGGCCUUCAUCACGGCAAACAAGGACCUCUGCUCAACACCAGGCGCCGACCUGACGAAGCUCAUCAGAGCCGACUUCACUGUCUGUUCCCUCCCCGAGGGCUCGCUGCAGGGUGAAUGCAUUUUCGGGUUUGACAACGAGCCGGAUAACUGUGGCUAUGGCAACAGCACGUUGGGCCUCUGCUCGUACUGCAAAGCCGGCGGCGUCAACUCGACAGACACGUGCUGCUACAACGCCGAUGCUGAAAAGCGCUGCGAAGGCGUGAAGCUACCCACUAUUACGGCGACCAUGAUCUUUAGCACACCAACUGCAACUUCAACGCCAACCGGCACGUCGCCUGCCGACGGCGACGGCAAGAGCAAUGACAAGAGCGGUGGCCUCAGCGGCGGCGCCAUUGCCGGCAUAGUUGUGGGAUCCCUGGCCGGCGUUGCCCUUAUUGCUAUCCUCCUCCUUUUCUGCAUACGGAGGCUGAGACGCCGAGAAGGAAGCCAAUCAGGUAGCAUCUUCAACCAGCCGUCGCCGGCUAGGAAAGGGCCCACCAUGUCCCAGAUGCGACAGAGCCCGCCGGAGGGAUACGAGGUACUUCCAGGAGGGCGUGUUGCUCGCAUGUCGGCCUUGGAGGGCCACUCGAGUGGCUCUCCAACACACCACAGCCGCAACGGGACAUCGACUGCCGCCGCGGCCGCAGGAUUCAUGGCAGGACGAGGCAAGGGUGGAGACACGCAGUCGUCGUCGGACGAGUUUGGAGAAAGCCCUGAAUCGGAGCCUCGUGGUGUCCUCCGACCGCCGCCCGCGUCAAGGAGACAGGGCUCCCUGUCGAGCGGAUCGCUUCUCGCGGGCGAUGCUCACUCGCCAGGCAGUGGUGGCGACCAUUCUUCGCCUCUAGGCGUUGCCAGCCAAAAUUCAGAGCAGCUGCCCUUCUUCAAGGACUACUACUCUCAGGACGAUAUCCACCCUGCCGACAAGGUGGCCGUGCUGUGGGCGUACCAGCCGCGAGCCCCCGAUGAGUUUGCUCUUGAACGCGGAGACAUGCUCAAGGUUGUGGGUAUCUGGGAUGACGGCUGGGCCACGGGCGUCAUGCUGGACGAGCGGGCAGAGGAAUGGGAGGCGCGACGACAGACACAGCGAGACAGCGGCGUCUCUAACACGUCGGAGCCUCGUGACGGCUCACCGACUGCGACACAUGGCGAGAUGAAGGCGUUCCCGCUGGUUUGCGUCUGCCUCCCCGAGCACUGGAGGAAGACGAUUGAAGGAGACGGGUCGACCGAUACAAACGGGAGUGGAAUCGCCGCAAACGCCCCGCCAAAUGUCUGAUGGGUUGGCCGUGCUCUCCAACAAUGAGCAUGCUCUUGAAUAUGGGCCCUGGAAAGCGGCGGUUCUCAACUUGGCAUUGGCUACGGCGUUUUGGUCAACCAUGGCAGUCUUUGCGCGACAGGCUGUUCCAACUUGGGGGCAGCAAAGCAUAUAUCGCGUCACGUCCCUUUAAUGUGUACUCGCGGCACCUCGAAGCGCGCGAGUAACCUUUGACAAGUCGAAGGCGCCGGUAAAGCACGGCCAGAGAGCGUCCCGUUGCUCACGGCGCAGCAUGCCAAACGCUCCCUCAUUACCCGGACGCUGUACAUACGUACUCUACAUUCGACACAGCAUCAUGACGAAAAAGCAAGCGCAUAAUGACCACACCACGCCACGCCUUGCCGCGAGACGAAAGCUCAGCUCAAUUCGGUUGUGCCCGCGCGAGCAAACUUGACGAGAUGAACGAAGUGCGCUUAAUUGUUUUGUCAGUAUACCCGACCGUCUGGCGGUUUCGACUUGAUUUGCGAUUAUCGAGCGUGGUUUUCUCUUUUCUUUCUUCCAAUACCCGUGAGCGUUCAUCAAGGAAGCUUGACUGUCGAGGCGGGAUGGAGGGUGGUGCCGCUGUUUGGGGUGAAUUGGUGUAGAAAAAGGUGUGGCGACGAUGUAAUCGACCUGUGGGAAGGAGAUGUACCUGAAGCUGGGGCUGUCAAACGGGCGGCGUCAUGGGAACGGACUCUGGGGGUUUGGGAGGCUGUCACGACAUUCGAUAUCAUCUUCUCUGCCCUACCGGCCGAACCUAAACAUUGACAUAGCUGUGGAGGGGUCACCUCCCGAUUUACUUAGCUAGUUUAGAUAACAAUGGAUGCGUCCCUGA